AUGUUCCGAUUCGUGGACUUGCUAAAUGACAUGGGGGAGGCGGAGGCCUUCGUCAUUGACGGCGAUUCUCUGCUGCACGAGCUGCUUAAGUGUCCACGAAUGCGGUCGGCGGGGAGGCUUGGGCCGCCGCUGCUUCCUAUUGUUUACGGCUUCGAAGAUUUUCUGAAGAGGACGGAAGAUUGCGGGGGUUCAUUCAAAAUCGCGUUCUUCAGGUGCAACGAGGUGCUGUGGAUGCAACAGCCCGGCAUGCUGGCUGUUCGCCGGCUGCUGUUGCCCCACCUCAUACUCAACACCACAGUGGAGGUGCUAGAGUUCGAGUCGUGGUGGGGAGGCGCGUGGGGAGCGUUCCUUGCGGACGAAAUGCCCGCGUUUGUCAUGAUGAGCGGCGGCGGCGACCUGUGCGCAGACAGGGGCAUCUUCCUGGCCAUGCUCGGCAGCCUGAUGGUGCAUGGGCAGCACGUGGCUUUCCUUGGCGAAGCGCAGCACUACAACGGCAACCUGCAGGCAUUCCUGGUGCGCGCCGACCUGGGCUUCAGACGCCUCAGGUGCGAGGACCCAGACAUCAGGUCCAAGUUGUGGCGCGAGGUGCUGCGGCAGACGGGAUGCGGGGACAGCGACAGGCUGGUGGCAGCGUCGUGGCUGGCUCGCGCGUUCAUCCUGCACGCCGUGUUGAUCGAGCACUUGGCUCUGGAGCAGCGGGCGCUGCGGGCCCCGAGGCUUGCCGGCGGAGGAGCCCACCUUAUCGAAGGCUUUCUGGAGGACGUUUGCAGAUGGAUAGCGCGAGGCGUCGGUGAGGCAGUCAGGUGGAGGGAGGGUGGCGAGGGAGACACUGGUGCCCGGAGACUGCUUGCAGAAAAGUGGCGAUGCAAAUUGGAGUUUUGUGACGCCUACGAUGGCCUCCUGUUCGGCGCAUGCUGCGUGGCUUUGGCGCAAAGUUGUGGCACCCAGGGCUUGUCGAAAGACGUCAGGAACGAAUUCGCAAGAGGAGAGUCGUGCCUGGUCUAUCUUCUGGGGGAUGACCCGGUGAGACAUUCGGUGGAAGCUGGAAGCCUGGGCGUCGUCCCUCAUGCAAUUGCGCAGGCUGUCUGUGGUUGCUGCCGCGCCGCAGAUGCCGUUACUUUGUCAGGCCCAUCGACAGCGCUCCGUGAACAACGUGCUCGCCAUUGCGAGGAGGAAACUGCGCCCAUAUCGCGACACCCCCUCGUCUCUGGCUUCCUGGGGAGAGACUGCGAUUUGCCGCUGCAGAUGGACAGGACGGAAUUCGCAGCCGCGGCACCGGAGACCCACCACUGGCACGUCAUGCGGCCGCUGGAGCCAACCUUCCUCAAGCAG